GCAUGCACACGCCUCUAUUGGUUCAAGUAUUGGUUCAAGGAUCAGGUCAGCUGUAAAACGUCGAGUUCGUAGGCAAUGGACCUGAAUGGAGGCAAAGCUCUAUGCGCUGGAAUUUUGUUUAUCGUAGCCUUAACUGGCGCUGCUUUGUCGUUGUUUGCUGCAAGCUUUUCGGCGAAGAUCGUCCGAGUUUGCAAUGCCGGAGCUGGUGGAAUCCUGCUCGCGGUUACCCUGGUACACAUGCUCAGCGAAAAUUCUGAAGAGUUGGAGCAGCCUGGAGUCAAAAUUGCGGAGUUCUUCACCGGCAACAAGUCUGCCGAAGCAUUUCCAUUGGGUUUUGCACUGGCAGGCCUCGGCUUUCUCGCAAUUCUGUCAGUGGAAGUUUUUUUGCCGGGCAGAGAGCCCGAUGAGUCUCGCGCAGUGAAUGACGAGGGUCGGUCGAGCGGCUAUCAUAGACAUCAAAGGGAGAGUUCUGAGGAGGACUUCGAUUCAGACUCUGAAGCAGGUUCGGAUGUCGCAGAGAUCAUUGUUUUACCAUCUGAAAAGUCUUGUGCUGCAGGUUUGUCAGCACUGAUAGGACUGUGUGUGCAUUCCUUUAUUAAUGGAGCUGCCACUGGAGCUGCUGGUGAUGUGUCGGAUUUAUUCCAAAUGUUUGUUGCUAUCAUCGCGCACAAGCUUUUUGCAUGCUUCUCUGCUGGAUCUUUAUUGUUGCACAGCGUCUCAAUGAGGGCCUGGUGGGCAUUAAUGGUGCUUCUUGGUUCGAUGACUCCAUUAGGCAUUGCGCUUGGCGCUUUGCUUACGACAAGCUUUGAGGGCCCUCGUGCUGCUGGCUUGGUUUGCGUUGCGGCAGGGAGUUUGCUGUGUGUCGCUGUCUACGAUAUGCUUAUGCCUUCAUUGAUUCUUGGGAAAGGUCAAUGGAAGAGGCGAAGCUUCUUGGCAGCUUUGCUAGGAUUCUGUAUAAUGUCCCUGCUGGCCAUUUGGUCCUAACAGGGCUGCGUAGAGGGGUGGUUUUGCAACGAACUGUUCAGAGGGGUGGUUUUAUUUACUUUUGUAGCCGGCCGCGAGGGGUGGUUCUGCAGUCAGCAAACGUUGACAUCAGCAUGACCGCUCAACUCGAUUUGACGCGAAGACUUGCAGAAAGAAAG